CCUCCCUUGCUGCAGGGUGUGGCUCCCCACUGGAGGCUGUGGCCGAGCUCCGCAGAGCCCCACAGCACUCGGCCCUGGGCAGACGGACGGAACGGAGACAUCGCUCAGGCCACAGGCACGCCUCGCAGGUCAAACGCCAUCCAGACACACUGACCAUCUGCCAGCUGCUCCAGCCCCGCUUCCUCCCCCGGACACCAGGCAGGAACACUGGUCCCACUUCUACCCACCGCUCCUUCUCCUGAACCAUCCUAGGGAUCACAGAUCUGUGCCUCCUGGGAAGAUGCACUGGCUCCUGAUGCUGCUGGCUACAGUGGGUACUUGCCCAGACCUGCUGGUGGCAACGGCCACGAGCGCUAACCCUGCCCAGCUGGACACUCUCAGUGUGCUACCCGCCCUCCGACGCCAGAAGAGAGACUGGAUUUGGAACCAGAUGCACAUUGAUGAAGAGAAAAACUCCUCGCUGCCGCAUUAUGUGGGCAAGAUCAAAUCGAGUGUAAACCGCAAGAACGCCAAGUACGUGCUCAAAGGAGAGUCUGCGGACAAGGUCUUCCGGGUCAAUGAGGACACAGGGGACGUGUAUGCCUUUGAGAGGCUGGACAGGGAGAAGAUCUCCGAGUACCACCUUGUUGCCCUUAUAGUGGACAAGGACACCAAGAAGAACCUGGAAUCUCCUUCCAGCUUUACCAUCAAAGUUCACGAUGUGAAUGACAACUGGCCUGUGUUCACGCACCGGUUUUUCAAUGCAUCUGUGCCAGAGAUGUCGGCUGUGGAGACCUCAGUCAUCCAUCUGACGGCAGUGGAUGCAGAUGACCCCACUGUGGCAGACCACGCCUCUGUCAUGUACCACGUCCUGAGAGGAGAUGAACAUUUUGCCAUCGAUAAUUCUGGGCUCAUUUUCACAACGACCAAAAACUUGGACCGAGAGGUGCAGGCCAGGUAUGAGAUCGUGGUGGAAGCACGAGAUGCCCAGGGCCUCCGGGGGGAAUCCAGCACAGCCACCGUGCUGGUCACUCUGCAGGACAUCAACGACAACUUCCCCAUCUUCACUCAGACCAAGUACACAUUUGUGGUACCCGAAGACAUCCGUGUGGGCAGCCCCCUGGGCUCUCUGUUUGUUGAGGACCCAGAUGAGCCCCAGAACCGGAUGACCAAGUACAGCAUCGUGCAGGGCGAGUACAGGGACACCUUCACCAUCGAGACAGACCCCACGCGCAAUGAGGGCAUCAUCAAGCCCAUGAAGCCCCUGGACUUUGAACGCAUCCAGCAAUACAGCUUCACCAUUGAGGCCACGGACCCCACCAUCAACCUCCGCUACCCGAGCGCCACCACCAGAAACAGGGCCCGUGUCAUCAUCAACAUCCUCGAUGUGGAUGAGCCCCCAGUCUUCCAGCAGCCCUUCUACCACUUCCAACUGCAGGAGAACCUAAAGAAACCUCUGAUUGGCUCAGUGUCGGCCGUGGACCCCGACGCUGCUCAGCGGACCAUUGGAUACUCCAUUCGCAGGACCAGUGACAAGGGCCAGUUCUUCCAAGUAACCAAGCAAGGGAACAUUUACAAUGAGAAAGAACUGGACAGAGAACUCUACCCCUGGUAUAACCUGACUGUGGAGGCCAAAGAACUGGAUUCUAAUGGGAAUCCCACAGGCAAAGAAUCCAUUGUGCAGGUGCACGUCGAAAUUCUGGAUGAGAAUGACAAUGCCCCAGAGUUUGCCCAGCCCUACAAUCCCAAAGUGUGUGAGAAUGCUGCCCAGGGCAAGCUGGUCGUACAAAUCUCGGCAACAGACAAGGACAUAACACCAAGAAACGUGAAGUUCAAAUUCUCCCUGAGCACUGAAGACAGCAACUUCACCCUCAUGGAUAAUCACGAUAACACAGCCAACAUCACAGUCAAGUACGGGCAGUUUGAUCGGGAACGAACCAAGGUCCACUACCUGCCUGUGCUCAUCUCAGACAAUGGGAGGCCAAGCCUCACAGGCACCGGCACAUUGGCUGUGACAGUGUGCAAGUGCAAUGAGCGUGGCGAGUUCACCUUCUGUGAGGAGCUGGCCCCCCAGGUGGGCUUCAGCAUCCAGGCGCUGGUAGCCAUCUUCCUCUCUAUCCUCACCAUCGCAGUGAUCACCCUUCUCAUCUUCCUGCGGCGGCGGCUCCGGAAGCAGGCCCGCACCCACGGCAAGAACGUGCCGGAGAUCCACGAGCAGCUGGUCACCUACGACGAGGAGGGCGGCGGCGAGAUGGACACCACCAGCUACGACGUGUCGGUGCUCAACUCGGUGCGCCACGGCGGGGGCAAGAAACCACGGCCAGGGCUGGACGCACGGCCGUCGGUGUACGCGCAGGUGCAGAAGCCUCUGCGGCGCACGCCCCCUAGCGCACGCGGGGGCCCAGGGGACAUGGCUACUGUGAUCGAGGUGAAGAAGGACGAGGCAGACCACGACGGCGGCGGCCCGCCCUAUGACACGCUGCACAUCUACGGCUACGAGGGCUCUGAGUCCAUUGCAGAGUCCCUCAGCUCUCUGGGCACCGACUCCUCCGACUCAGACGUCGAUUAUGACUUCCUCAACGACUGGGGGCCCAGGUUCAAGAUGCUGGCAGAGCUCUAUGGCUCAGACCCCAGAGAGCAGCUGAUGUAUUAAGGGGGCCACAAGCACCUGGGCCUGGAGACCCAAACCAUUGCAGCUUCAGCCAGUCGGACACCAGGACCUGAGGCCUCGAAUUAUAGCACUGAAACCCCAGCCCAGCAGCCUUUCUUUAUGGGUCUCAGAGACCUCACCACCUUGGGUAGCAAACUCCAGGUCCCUGAAGUGUCCAGGAACCUAUUCAGUGAUGGCUACCUCCGAAAGGCUGGAAAAUCCCAGCUAGUGUUCUGCCUGGGCUUGGAUGUCCACAUAACCCUGUCACCAGGUACCACAAUCCAACUCAGACUUUCUCUGGCUCCUCAAAGCAGCUUAUGGUCAGCUUCCAGGGAGAGGUCUUCCCUUGAGGUCCCGGGUGAGGCUGGUGAGUCCUGGGGGCCUGUCUACCUGGAGGCAAAGGGCAGGACAGCAUGAUCUGUGGCUGACACUCCCUGCUGCUCAGUCCCAAAGGAGACUGGGACUGUCCAUCACGCCCACCCUGCUUCGACUUCCUCACAUCCUCCCAAGUCCCCCACCACUCCUGGGCCCCUCCCCCGGCCUGUCAAGAGGGAGGAAGGGGCCCUUGGCAGCUCCCAACUUUGGGUCCUGGGGUGACCUCACUUGCCUGCCACACCAAUAACUGUGCUGUACUGAGCGUUGAAAAUUCAACCAAAAUCAGGGAAAUGGCUUGCCUAACUUUGAAGCAACUGUGAAUUCAUCCUGAAGGGACAGUGGAGACCAAGUGUGACAGAUCAUAGGGUGAGAGCCACUUCCACACCCACACCCUCUGGAGAAGGCCUGGAGUAGCUGUGACCCCAGUUUGGACUCAUUGACACCCCUCUAGUUUCGCCUGAGAAGUGGGAACACACGUUUCCAGAGCAGGACACCUCUCCCCAUCUCUGCCUUGCCUGGUCGCUCAUUCACGCUCUCUCUUUUCUUUCUCUCUCUCUCUUCUCCUUAUCUCUUGACUUAGAGGCACCCACAGCAACUAGCAACUCUGGCCAAUGUCCAAACCGAAACAUGACUGCACAAUGGAGCCGUGCCAUUUGCCUUUACACCUCGUUGUUGCCACAUCUCAGGGAACCCCAGCAGGGCCGCAUCCUCGGCGCACCCUGCGAAAGGCAAGGCCCCUGCCCUGCCCCAGCCGUGUAGUCCUGUGUGCAUCUCCCACUUCCGGCCACACAUGGAACAUUCCACUGCAAACACACCUUGGAGAAGAGGCAUCACUCAACGGGAAGGGGGCGGGGAAGGGGGCGGGGAAGGGGGCAAACCCUCCAACUCACCCUUGGUCAUGACUGAGGUUCCCACUUUGGGCAAGGACCCUCACACUUCAGGGGACUGUAGAUAACACUGACUUGUUUUUAACGAGUAACUAGUUUUUCAUAAUUUUUUUUUUUUUUACUAAUAAUACUUACAUGUUUCUAGCUCUCACAAAAAUAUAAGAGUUUUGCAUAAUCAGCAAGUUACUUUUUAGGUUAACAAUUUAACAGGUUUUUUUAGUUGGAUAAAUGAAUUCCUGUAACCGAUUUCUUAUCAUUAUAAUAACUGCUCUAGAGAUAAUGACUAUAUAAUGACCGCACUGGUGCAUGAGACAUACUGUAUUUUUUUAUAUCGAAAUAAAGAAAAAUCUUGAAAUGCUCCUA